AUGGGAAACAAUUCAGUCGAAGAUGAAGAAGCCAAUGCUGUCAUGGAGGUGAACAGGGAUCGCUUGAACUUGAUGCACCAAAAAAUCUCUGAUGCACCAAAAUUAUUGACCAAAGCAGCUGCUAACAGUUCAUGUUGCAUCUUUAAAGUCCCCCAAAGGUUCAUUGAUAUCAACGGUAAGUCCUACCAACCUCAUAUCGUCUCAAUCGGACCUUAUCACCAUGGCGAGGCACAUCUUAGGAUGAUCGAAGAGCACAAGUGGAGAUAUUUAGGGUCUUUGUUGUCUAGGACACAAAACGAAGGUGUGGACUUAGAACUCUUGUUGAAGGCAAUACAGCCAUUAGAAAUGAAAGCAAGAGAGCGUUACUCGCAAGUUAUCCAUCUUGGCUCGGAUGAAUUUGUUGAAAUGAUGGUUCUUGAUGGUUGUUUUAUUAUAGAAUUGUUUCGUAAAGUUGGAAAUGUUGUUGAAUUUGAGGUCGAUGACCCCAUUGUCACCAUGGCAUGGAUCAUACCUUUUUUCUACAGGGAUUUACUUAGACUAGAGAAUCAAAUUCCUUUCUUUGUUCUUCAGUGUUUAUUUGAUAUAACAAGAAUGACAGGAGAAGAAUCUGGCUGUUCUUUGUCCAAACUUGCUUUGGACUUCUUCAAUUAUGCUCUCCAAAGACCAGAUCAUAUUAUUGCCAGGCACGAUCAUCUCAAAGCCAAACAUCUACUUGAUUUAGUUCGUUCAAGUUUCAUAGAUUUUGAGCAAGGCCAACCACUCUGCGUGGACACAUCGACUCCUAUGAUUCAUUCAGUAUCCAAACUUCGCCGUGCCGGAAUACGGCUCCGUCAAGGAAAUCCUGCGGAUAGUUUCUUGGUGGUGAAAUUCAAGAAUGGGGUGAUAGAAAUGCCUACCGUAACCAUUGAUGAUACCAUGAGUUCUUUUUUGCUAAAUUGUGUAGCUUUCGAGCAGUGUCACAAUGGUUCUUCCAAGCAUUUCACGACCUAUGCAACUCUUUUGGACUGCCUGGUUAACACCUUCAAAGAUGUAGAGUAUCUAUGUGACUGCAAUAUUAUUGAGAAUUACUUCGGCACCGAUUCAGAAGUUGCAAGAUUCAUCAAUGAUUUGGGCAAAGAAGUAGCAUUUGAUAUCGAAAGGUGUUAUUUGUCCAGGUUGUUCAGUGAUGUUCACAAUUAUUACAAGAAUAGUUGGCAUGUGCAAUGGGCAAGCUUCAAGUAUACUUACUUUAACACUCCUUGGUCUUUUAUAUCUGCAUUGGUUGCCUUGAUUAUCCUACUUCUUACUGUGGCUCAAACCUUCUACACCAUUUAUGGCACUUACAAAAAAUAA